AUGAACGCCAGUGAACUUCUUGCCAAUACAUUGUCUGCCGACGCAAAUACGCGUCAGAAUGCGACGCAGCAGCUUGAGAAUGCAUCGAGGGAGAACUACCCUGCUUAUAUGCUGAUGUUAUCGUCCGAGUUGGCGAACGAAUCCUCUCCAAUUCACGUUCGCAAUGCCGCAGGUUUGGCUCUCAAAAACGCUCUAUCCGCUCGCGAGACCGCAAGAGCAGACGAUCAGGCUAACCGAUGGCUGGCGUUGGUGUCGGAAUCGAGAGACAAAAUCAAGCAAGAGUCUCUCAUGACCCUCGGAUCUCCCAUCCCAAAAGCAGGCGCCGUCGCCGCCCAAGUCGUCGCCGCCAUCGCCUCCGUCGAGCUGCCCCAGGAGGAAUGGCCAGACCUUAUCGAGACACUUCUUCGGUUCGUCAACAGCUCUAACGACUCAAAUUUGAAGAUCGCAACACUCCAGGCUAUUGGAUUUAUAUGCGAGAGCAUCAAACCCGAGAUUUUGAGUUUGCGCUCGAACGAGAUUCUCACAGCUGUUAUCCAUGGUGCACGGAAAGAGGAGCCGUCGUCUGAGGUUCAGUUAUCUGCCAUUCAUGCGCUUUUCAAUUCGCUAGAGUUUGUGCGCGAAAAUUUCGAACGAGAGGGUGAACGUAACUACAUCAUGCAAGUUGUUUGCGAGGCUACGCAGAACCCUUCGGUAUCUGUGCAAGUUGGCGCCUUUGAAUGUCUAGUAAAAAUUAUGGCCCUCUAUUAUGACAAGAUGGCUUUCUAUAUGGAGCAAGCUUUGUUUGGUCUUACUGUGGUCGGGAUGAAGCAUACUGACGAAAGAGUUGCUCUUCAAGCUGUCGAGUUUUGGACAACCGUAUGCGAGGAAGAAAUUGAGCUCGCUCAUGAAGCUAGAGAAGCCGCGGACUACGGCGAACCCCCAGAAGUCGAGUCGAAAUUCUUUGCAAAGAUCGCCUUGCCUGAGGUCAUCCCUGUAUUGCUCACCCUGCUAACUCGGCAAGAAGAAGACGCCGAUGAGGACGAGUGGAACGUAUCGAUGGCUGCUGGUACCUGCCUCAGUUUCAUGGCUCAAGCAGUUGCAGACGCUAUCGUUCCUGCCGUCAUUCCAUUCAUCGAAGCUCACAUCAAGGCACAGGACUGGCAUCAACGCGAGGCCGCUGUGAUGACCUUCGGGUCUAUCCUCGACGGGCCAGACCCUUCCGUGCUCACGCCGCUCGUGAACCAGGCCUUGCCGCUCCUUAUCGAUAUGAUGAAUGAUUCGAAUCUCCAUGUGAAGGACACGACGGCCUGGACGUUGGGUCGAAUCUGUGAUUUGCUUAUCGGUACUAUCAAGCCUGAUAUUCACCUGCACCCCCUCGUGUCUGCGCUCGUCAACGGCCUGCAGGAUAACCCGAGGAUUGUAACGAACUGCUGCUGGGCGUUGAUGAACCUGGCGGAUCAACUUGGUUCCUAUUACGAAGAUGAAGCAGAUAUUUCUCAAGCUGGACCGCUCUCUCCUUAUUACGAGGGUGUCGUUAAUGCCCUUCUUCGUGUGACGGAGACGGCUUCGAACGAAUCCAAUUUCCGUACUUCCGCAUAUGAGGCCAUCACCUCUUACGUUACUCAUGCUACGCCAGACGUCGUUCCAGUCGUUCAGAACACGGUGGUGACGAUACUCGUUAGGAUGGAACAGCUUUUGGGCAUGCAGAACCAAAUUCUCGGCGUGGAUGAUCGCAACAACUGGAACGAGCUGCAGAGCAACCUUUGCAGUGUCGUGAUUAGUGUUAUCCGAAGAUUGUCCGACGGCAUUCAGCCUUUGGCUGACCGCAUCAUGACUCUGAUUCUCCAGCUUAUCCAGGCAGCGGGGAAGACAUCUACUGUAUUAGAAGACACUUUCUUGGUCGUCGGGGCGCUUGCAUCUGUACUUGAGCACAACUUCUCGCCAUAUAUUUCAGCCUUCCUGCCUUUCCUUUAUCCAGCUCUCAAAGCUCACGAAGACACCCAGCUCUGCAUGGUCGCUGUUGGCAUCAUUGGUGAUAUUUCACGUGCACUCGGCGACCAGAGCACUCAGUAUGCGAGCGCGUUUAUGAAUGUGCUGCUAGAGAACUUGCAGAGUGAAGUGCUUAAUCGUAAUGUGAAGAUAUCUAUACUAUCGUGCUUCGGUGACAUCGCUCUCGCUAUUGGAGGUGCAUUUGAACCUUAUCUUGACACAACGAUGGGAGUUCUGAGACAGGCGGGAGCUGUGCAGCCCAAUCCUCUCGACUUUGACCUUGUAGAUUACGUUGGACAGCUGCGCGAGGGAAUCCUCGAAGCGUACACCGGCGUUGUAACUGGCUUGAAAAACACUGACAAAGUCUCUCUACUACUCCCAUAUUCGCAGAGCAUACUCGAACUCAUCCAGCGAUGCUUGGCGGAUGACGAACGAUCAGAUUCCGUGGUGAAGCUUUCCUUCGGUCUCAUGGGCGAUCUUGCAGAUUGUUUCCCGAAUGGUCAGAUUAAGCAACUAUUGCUCUCAGAAUGGAUUGCCUCUGAGCUCCGUAGUAAACGAGGAAUGCCCACUGAAACUAAGAAAACGAUGCGAUGGGCACGAGAGAUGGUGAAACGUGCCACCGCAUAGAACACUUUCUUGUUUAUUUGAGAAUUUGUACAUUCAUUGGCCUCUUUUCUUGUUCUUCCUUUUGACUUGUUCCUCUUCCUCUUCAUGUCGUUUCCGAGUUUCAGUUUGUGUGCUUUUGUGCUUUUUUCUUUUUACCCCCUCAUAUAUCUCAUUCCUUGCAUGCGAUCUAUAUUUUUUUCGUCCAUUCUCGCACGUCAAAUUUUUGCCAUCUGAAGGAGGCACAUCCAUUUUUUUUCUUUUCUCUCUCUGUCAUUCUCAAUUUUGCAGCAGCAUGUAAUAGAAGACGACUACAUGUCCGAACCCCCUACGACGACCUUAUUACGAACAAAAUCUUUCGUAUUACUUGUGUGCGUUUCUGCCUAGUUAUGGGCUUGCGCCAUCUGUCUCUGUAUCCUUUACCCCACCCUCCCAAAGAUGUUUUCACACUCAUCUCGUUUCGUCUUUAGGCCACACUUUACUGUUUCUCUUUCAAGUAAUAAGACUGUUGGAGCUCUAUGUCGUUCUAUAAGAAUAAACCAGUCUUGACUACC